AUGAAAGUCAGUCCUGACAAGAUCUUCGCCUGUGAGCGUGAGGUGUCCACCAUCCUGUGUGUUCAUGAGCCAGAGCGUGUCACGGUUCAUUGGUUAGGGAAUGACUCCUGUGACCCGGGAGCGUGUAACAGCCCAGGGCAUUGGUCAAGACCAGCAUGUCCCCACCUCCAGUGUCCAACGAGUUGUGACCCACACGAAACAAAGCCAGCUGGUGUGGCAAGGGAGAUAACCGAGUCGGAACAUUUGGUGGCGGACCAGACAGUUCAGUACAGAUUAUGUUUGUUACUCUCUGUCCUGGGCCUCGUCGGGGUUGUGAGCAUCAUCAUCAACGUAAACCUUCUCUUCAUGUACCUCAACAUCCGGCGACGACUUCUUAUUUCCAUUUGAAGAAUAUUCUGAUCCCCAUGGUAACACACCGGUGAACAGUGACCGGAGUUCAGCAACUGGAACUAUAGAGGUGACCGCCGUGGUUAAGACGGCCCCUGCGAAUAUAAUUGGUUGACUAGCAGUGAGUGAGUGAGAGUGAAUUUAGUUCUACGCCUCUUUUAGCACUAUGUAACGACGGGUCGGAUACCAGAAAUGGACUUCACACAUUGUACCCAUGUGGGAAAUCGAACCCGGUUCGCGUGACGAGCGAACGCCUUAGCCACUAGGCUACCCCACCGCCCCCACAUGAUUUAUUAGAUCUGCAGUCCAUAACAACGUUAUUACAAGCUACAAGAUACAACAAGGAGAUAUUUUGAAAAUAUUCUUAACAUAUUUACGGGGCGGUGGGGUAGCUUUCUGGUUAAAGUGUUCGCUUGUCACGCCAAAGUCCCGGGUUCGAUCCCCCACAUAAGUACAAUGUGUGAAGCCAAUUUCUGGUGUCCACCACCGUGAUAUUGCUGGGAGAUUGCUAAAAGCGGCGUAAACUAAAUCCAGUAUACAUAUUUACACCCCAAAACACUUCACGAGUCAUUUUAUCACUCCACUGCCAACGCCUAUGCAUAUUGUAAUCCUAACUUCGCCCAGACUCGGGCUGUGACGUCAUAGUGGAGGACCAUAUGCCAUUUUCCUUUGUUUACUCUGGAAUCUGGUACUGUCUGGAUGUAGUAGACUCGAGAUAGGAUAUCGUAUUAUGUUGGUGUGUCCCAGUCCAUAAAAAGGUACCAAGUCUCA